AUGGAUCUUUUAACAAAUCCAAAAUUCAUGAUCACCACUUCUUAUGGGAUUCUGGCAAUGCUAAUUUAUACAGGUGUGACAAUUGUGAUUUUGAAAAACUCCGCGAGCUUCAAAAGUUCAUUUUUUCAACUUUUUUGCUUUGGAUACUUUAUGAAUCUUGCUACCUACAGUAAUUCAUUCAUAACCCUACGCCUUCCACAAAACACUGGAGUCUCUGGAACAUUUUCCAAUUUCUACAGUAACCUAAAUUUAAACAAUACGGAUGUGAUUUUUCCAUUAAAUCUGUUUCAUACACUUCAUUUUGAAUUCGCCUAUACUCAGUAUAUUUUUAACAGUUUGGUUUGCGCGAAUCGAUUCACAGCGAUUUGUUUUCCGAUUCAUAGUGAGAGGUACUGGAUGAAAUUCAAUUGGCUUAUCAUUUUAUCGAUGUUCUUGAUCCCAUUUGCAUUUUUCACAAGACAUAUACUUCAGAAUCACUCGUUUUUCAAUUGGUCCCCUACAGCGAACUUUUUCAUUGAUACCACUUAUGGUCGAAGCAAUAUUUACUAUUUCUUGAUGCCUACUUUAAUUUUGUUGACUAUGAUCAAUAUAGUUUUCAAUGUUUUGGCAGGGAUACGGUUGUACAAAAUGAGCAAAACCGGCGUUCGUGUCCCUGAAUCUUCUUUAUUCUCCAUGGCGUUUUCCGUUUUCCUCAUUGAUCUCUUUUUAACAAGUCUUACUGUAUCUAACUACUAUCUAACCAAUAUGCCAACCAGUUUAGAUUCGGAAAUUGUCCGAAUUCUAAUCCGUUGGAUCCCAUUGCUUACCCCAUUUGCCAGUGAUGCUCUAACACUAACCCAUCCGAUUUUGUUGCUUUAUUUUAGUAAAACAGUCCGCCGAAAGUGUAUGGAGAGUAGCAAAUUUUUACAAAAGUUCCACAAUCACAAAUUCUUCGCCGAAAGCAAUAGUGGCGUUGUUAUGGUGUCAGCGCCAAGGAAUUUGAAUAAUUUGGUGGCGAAUUCUUCAUUGAAUCGGUCAUAA